AUGAAGAGCGUUCCAUUGGUCCUUGUGGUCUUUGUCUUGCUCUCCUAUGUUCCACCAGUUAGGAGUGGACUGAAUAUUUACAUAAGACAAAUUUUUGAUUCAUGCUGGCUAUUCAAAGGCGUUUGCAAGGAAGAAUGUGACAGAGAACAAGAAGAAAUUUUUAACAUUUUGUGUGACACUAAAUUCUUGUGCUGUAUAGACCGUAAGGACAUGCCCACUCUGUUUGUGAAGUAA